AGAGGCAGCAGGACAGCAUCAUGACAAGCAUUGGAGCACACCCUUGAGGUUUUAAUGAGGCUUUUAAAUGCUUCUGCCACGCUACUUGCAACAAGGGAGGGAUUGGUAAAGGCAAGACGCCAGGCAGAGGGUUGAGCAAGCAACGCGAUACUCGUUUUCGUCUCGAGAUGGCAGUAUUGGCGGGAAGACGGCCGUGACGUUGCUUUACGGCAGUACUGCACCGAAGCCAACCAGUGUAUUUUUGUCAUCUUCAGAAAUACCUCCGGCGCUUUUAUGGCCUUCCGGUUGGUCUCCAGGGUCAUCGGCGGUCAUCGGGAGACUUUAAGACCAAGCUUAAGGAAAUGCAGAAAUUCUUCAACCUUAAGGUGACUGGCAAUCUGGAUGACAACACGUUAGAGCUGAUGACCCAAGCGAGAUGUGGUGUUCCAGACGUUGGUGAAUACAACCACUUCCCUCGACACCUCAAAUGGCAAAACAGCAAGGUGACUUUCAGGAUUAUAAAUUACACCCCAGAUCUGAGGAAGUCCGACGUUGACCGAGCCAUCCGCACUGCGCUCAACGUUUGGUCUGACGUGACCCCGCUGACUUUUAAGAAGCUCUACAAGGGAAAUGCCGACAUUAUGAUCAGCUUUGGAAGGAAAGAACACGGUGACUACAACCCUUUCGACGGGCCGAAUGGACUGCUGGCUCACGCCUACCCGCCAGGCGACGGACUCGGAGGGGACACUCACUUUGACGAGGAUGAACACUGGACCAAAGAUUCAUCAGCUUACAACCUCUUCAUAGUGGCGGCACACGAGUUGGGUCACGCCCUCGGUAUGUCUCAUUCCACCGAACCGGGCGCCCUCAUGUACCCCAUCUACGCUUACACUACAGGGUACCCACUCACUGAGGAUGACAUUGACGGCAUCCAGGCCCUCUAUGGCCCCAACCCAAACCACAGGAAGGUGAAGCCCAAGCCGGACCCCCCCAAGAAAUGUGACCCCUCGUUGAGUUUUGAUGCUGCAACGGAGCUCAGAGGGGAAACCUUCAUCUUCAAAGACAAGUUCUACUGGCGCCUGCACCCCCAGAUGCACGAACCCGAGCUGACACUGAUUAAAACCACUUGGCCGUCCAUCCCCAACAAGGUGGACGCGGCGUACGAGAACCCGGAGAAGGACCAGAUUAUGAUUUUUAGUGGUAUCCGCAUGUGGGCUUUGAAUGGAUACAAUGUGGUGAAGGGUUAUCCCAAGUACAUUCACACACUGGGUCUUCCCAAGAGUGUGAGGAAAGUGGAUGCGGCUGUUCACAUCCGAGACACGGGGAAGACUCUCCUCUUUCAUGAUGAAGACUAUUGGAGUUAUGAUGAAGCAUCAGGCACCAUGGAUAGUGGCUUCCCCCGAUCAAUCGAGAAGGAUUUUCCAGGCAUGGACGAUGAGGUUGACGCCGCUGUUUAUCACCACGGAUACUUGUAUUUCUUCCAUGAGCAUGUGCAGUAUGAGUAUAGCUACACAGCGAGGAAGGUCAUACGCAUCCUCACAACCAAUUCUAUUCUCGGCUGCUGAUGCUGCUUAAGUGACCCAGUGACCCUUGCUUAAUUAGUGGGCUGUUACAAAUACUGGUAAAGUUUAUUAAAAAGGACACCCACAGCUCUACACUCAUAUAAACCACAUGUACACUGAUAAAAUGGGGUUAAAAGUGUGAAGCAAACCCAAAUCAUACCAGCAACCAAUCACGGAAAACAUCUCUGUAGCCACGUAUACAUGGACCCAAAUAUUCCAAUUGCAUUCGGUUUAAUUGCUCAAACAGAAAUAAUUGAACCUUUGUAUACACUUCAUUCUGAAAGUGCCAAUCCGAAUGAAUAUAUAAUCAGAUUCACAGGGGUGGAAUAUUCCUUUCCCCAAUCCGAUUGAGGUAUCUUGUACCCACUUCUUCGUGGUGUUUUUCUUCUUCUGUUGUUUAUUAGCGGUUGGCAAGCAGCUUUCAUGUGCAUUACCGCCACCUGUGGAACAGAAUCUAAACACUUCUAUACUUUAUUCACAAGUCCAGUUUUAUUAAAAACGAAAAUAUAUAUCUAUAUAAAACAUGUCCCGAGUUGAAUUAUAAAAUAUUAGCAAGAUUGAAUUUGAUCUUUUCCUGUUUAAGUUCUUUCAGCGCAUGCUCAGAUAUGACGUAACACGCAGCUCCAGACGUUCUUCAGUUUUAAAAAUGGAGGCCAGCAAUCGGCACUGGACUGCUGCCGAAAGUUUGUUUUUGAUCCAAACUAAAUUAAGACUGGGCGAAGGAAAAACUGGCUAUACAGAGUUAUUCCAACAAGUGAAAGAAAAACUCAGGGAAGUUGGUAUCACGUGAUGUUGAUGUUUACGUUUUACUGUACAUGCCCCAUUGACUAUUCUGUUUGAUUAUAGCUGCACAUGUAGACAAGAGAUUGGAAUAUUCCUUUCCAUGUAUACCACUGUUUUCGGAAAGGUAAAACUCCUCAUGAAAACAUGGCUAAUGUAUUGUGGGGUUGCUAUAUCCUGUACUUUCUCUUUAACAUAGAUGCCAAUUUGAUUUCUGUAGAAAUAUAAACAAACAAUUGGUCUUAGGAAGCCAUAUUGUAACAAAACGAAAAGUGCUGGACACAACAACACAACAACCUUUCUUCUUAUUUUUAUUAUUUAUUUCAGAAGUUUAGUUUAAGUUUGUCCAGCUGGCCUGUAAGCUCAGUUUUCAUAGCUAAAGUGAAAGUUUUUUAGCGUGUGUUUCAACUGCCCUGUCAUGUGAUUGAACUGUGAUUUGUUGUCCGUGUUAUUAAAUAAAAUGGCUUAACAUCUAUUUACCAGAGCCACUCCUACCUACAUGCAGAACACGUGUGAGUAGGGCUCCACAAUCCAUUCUCGGAAAAUGAGGCAGAGGCGAGUGAAGA